UUUUCAACCUUUUCCUCAUAUUACUCCUCACUAAUGUCUUCAGGUACUGAUUUUCUCCUUAAACCCGUUUUCUUACGUGGGUUUUCAGGCUCAUUACACUUGGUCUUGUUAUUUGGCGUGUUUGGCUCAUGGGUGUGCCAGAGAUUCAAGAUGGGUAUUAGGGAAAGUUCAAAGGAAAGGUUUAAGAGAACCAGGAGUUUGUACCAUAAACGAACUCUAAUUUGUUGUAUGGGUGUUUGUGUAUUCAGUCUUGUCUUAUGUUUACUGAAUUACUUUUAUUGGUAUAGAAAUGGUUGGUCUGAUGAAGAAUUAGUGACCCUUUUGGAUUUAGCGCUUAGAACACUUGCUUGGGGUGCAGUUUGUGUUUAUUUGUUUAAUUUAGGUAGACCAAAGUACCCGUUUUUAUUGAGAGUUUUCUGGGGUUUGUAUCUCUUAAUUUCUUUUUAUGACCUUGUUAUAGAUGUUGUUCUUUAUAGGAAACAUGUCAAUUUACCAGUUCAGUAUUUUGUUUCCGAUGUUGUCUCAGUUGUCACGGGUCUGUUCCUAUGUUAUGUUGGAUUUUUGGGGGAAAAUGAGGGUGAAGAUGCCAUUCUUGAAGAACCACUUUUGAAUGGCGAUUCUAAUGCAAGUAAUGAAUCAGAGUCAAAUAAGUCUAAGGGGGGUGAAAAUGUAACACCUUAUUCGAAUGCUGGAUUUUUCAGCAUUCUUACUUUCUCAUGGUUGGGCCCUUUGAUUUCUGCCGGUACUAAGAAGACAUUAGACCUUGAGGAUGUUCCUCAACUUGAUCCCAGUGAUAGUGUAUUUGUGGGCUAUCCAAGUUUUAGAAAUAAGAUUGAGGCAGAGUGUGGUACAAUUAGUGGAGUGACCACACUAAAGCUAGUUAAGGCAUUAAUCUCCAUGGCAAGGAAAGAAAUUAUUUUGACAGCCAUUUUCUGUAUGAUGUACACAAUGGCUUCCUAUGUUGGACCAUAUCUUAUUGAUACUUUUGUUCAAUACCUCAAUGGGCGGCGCAACUUCAAGAAUGAGGGCUAUGUUCUUGUUUCAGUGUUUUUUUCUGCAAAACUUGUUGAAUGCCUCACGGAGAGGCACUGGUACUUUAGGGUGCAGCAGGUUGGAAUCAGGAUUAAAUCAGUAUUGAUCGCAAUGAUCUAUAAUAAAGGUCUAACACUUUCAUGCCAGUCAAAGCAGGUUCACACUAGUGGGGAGAUUAUCAACUUCAUGACUGUUGAUGCUGAGAGGGUUGGCGACUUCUGUUGGUAUAUGCAUGAAAUUUGGAGGAUUUUAGUACAAAUUGUUUUCGCAUUGUUAAUUUUGUAUAAAAAUCUUGGGCUUGCUUCAAUUGCGGCUUUUCUGGCAACCGUACUUGUAAUGUUGGCUAAUAUUCCUUUGGGGGCAGUACUAGAGAAGUUCCAAGACAAGAUAAUGGAAUCGAAAGACAAAAGGAUGAAGGUGACGUCUGAGAUUUUAAGGAACAUGAGGAUUCUCAAGCUUCAAGGAUGGGAGAUGAAGUUUCUAUCUAAAAUCAUGGAGCUCAGGAAGACCGAGGCAGGGUGGUUGAAGAAUUUUCUUUACACUAAUGCAAUAUCCUCAUUUCUCUUUUGGGGGGCCCCCACAUUUGUGUCUGUGGUCAGUUUUGGUGCUUGUAUUUUGAUGGGGAUCCCACUUGAGUCAGGGAAGAUCUUAUCUGCACUUGCAACGUUUAGGAUUCUUCAGGAGCCCAUCUACAAUCUUCCUGACACAAUCUCAAUGAUGGUUCAAACUAAAGUGUCCCUCGAUCGAAUUGCAUCAUUCCUUCGUCUUGCUGACUUGCAGUCUGAUGUGAUAGAGAGACUUCCAAGAGGUAGUUCUGAUACAGCAAUAGAGAUUAUUGAUGGGAAUUUCUCCUGGGAUUUAUCUUCCUCGAAUCAAACACUAAAAGAUAUAAAUUUGAAAGUGCAACAUGGCAUGAGGGUUGCUGUUUCUGGGACUGUUGGCUCAGGUAAGUCAAGUUUGCUUUCCUGUAUGCUGGGAGAAGUACCCAAGAUAUCUGGGACUGUUAAGUUGUGUGGGACAAAGGCAUAUGUUGCUCAAUCCCCUUGGAUACAAAGUGGCACGAUUGAACAGAACAUAUUGUUUGGUAAGGAGAUGGAAAGAGAAAAGUAUGAGUGGAUCCUUGAAGUAUGUUCCUUGAAGAAGGAUCUUGAAAUUCUCUCAUUUGGGGAUCAGACGCUCAUAGGCGAGAGAGGAAUCAAUUUAAGUGGUGGGCAGAAGCAAAGAGUCCAAAUUGCGCGUGCUCUGUACCAAGAUGCUGACAUCUAUCUAUUUGACGAUCCGUUUAGUGCCGUAGAUGCUCACACAGGAUCCCACAUAUUUAAGGAAUGUUUGCUAGGGGUUUUAAGUUCAAAAACAGUGAUUUAUAUUACUCAUCAAGUAGAGUUCUUACCUGCUGCUGAUCUUAUCUUGGUCAUGAAAGAUGGGAGGGUUACUCAAGCUGGAAAGUACAAUGAUAUUCUUAAUUCUGGAACUGAUUUUAUGGAACUUGUGGGGGCGCAUGAGAAAGCUUUGUUGAAACUUGAUUCUGUGGAGGCGGGAUCAGUUUCUGAGAGUACUAGUAUGAGCAAGGAAGUCGGAAAUAUGUCUAGUACUAAUGGGGUUGCGCAAAGACAUGAAAACACAGACGUUGAAACUGGUAAAACAGAUGACACAGUUGGGACAAAAGGACAGAUUAUCCAAGAAGAAGAGAGAGAAAAAGGUAAAGUUGGGUUUUCAGUCUACUGGAAGUAUAUCACUAUGACAGACAGAGGAAUUCUUGUGCCCUUUAUCUUGUUGGGACAAGUUCUCUUUCAACUCCUUCAAAUUGGAAGUAAUUAUUGGAUGGCCUGGGCAACCCCUAUCUCAAAAGACAUGAAACCUGCUGUUAGUGGCUCUACUCUAAUGAUUGUGUAUGUUGCUUUGGCAAUUGGAAGUUCUUUUUGCGUCCUCUUCAGAUCCAUGCUUCUUGCGGUGGCUGGGUACAAGACUGCCACUCAACUCUUCAGUAAAAUGCACUACUGCAUUUUCCGUGCCCCCAUGUCAUUUUUUGAUGCCACUCCAAGCGGAAGGAUCCUAAACAGAGCCUCUACAGACCAAAGCGCUGUAGAUUUGAGCAUGCAAUAUCAAGUUGCGACAUUUGCAUUCUCAUUGAUCCAACUCCUUGGAAUUAUUGCAGUAAUGUCUCAGGUUGCAUGGCAGGUUUUCAUCAUUUUUAUCCCAGUGAUUGCAGUCUGUUUCUGGUAUCAGCAAUAUUACAUACCUUCAGCAAGAGAAUUGGCGAGAUUAGUUGGAGUGUGCAAAGCUCCAUUGAUACAACAUUUUUCUGAAACAAUAUCAGGCUCAACAACUAUCAGGAGCUUUGAUGAAGAAUCAAGAUUUAGGGAGACAAAUAUGAAACUGACAGAUACAAAUUCUCGGCCGAAAUUCAAUAUUGCUGGUGCUAUGGAAUGGUUGUGCUUUCGAUUGGAUAUGUUAUCUUCUAUCACUUUUGUCUUCUCUUUGAUUUUCUUAGUCUCUAUUCCAGAAGGAGUCAUUGAUCCAGGCAUUGCGGGCUUAGCUGUGACAUAUGGACUUAAUCUAAACACGAUACAGUCCUGGGUAAUAUGGAAUAUUUGCCAAAUGGAGAACAAAAUUAUAUCUGUAGAGAGAAUACUUCAAUACACGAGUAUACCAAGUGAGCCGCCUCUUGUGAUAGAAGAAAAUCGGCCAGAUCAAUCUUGGCCAUCACUAGGUGAAAUUGAUAUUCGUAAUUUGCAGGUGAGGUAUGGCCCACACAUGCCAUUUGUUUUGCGAGGUCUCACAUGCACUUUGCCUGGAGAAAUGAAAACUGGUAUUGUUGGGAGAACAGGCAGUGGCAAAUCAACUCUCAUACAAGCACUUUUCCGGAUCAUAGACCCUGCUGUUGGUCAGAUUAUGAUAGAUGGCAUCAACAUAUCCUUGAUCGGGCUGCAUGAUUUGCGAUCCAGACUUAGUAUUAUCCCUCAGGACCCGACAAUGUUUGAAGGGUCUGUACGAAGCAACUUGGAUCCACUAGAAGAGUAUACAGACAAACAAAUUUGGGAGGCUCUGGAUAAGUGUCAACUUGGAGAUGAAAUUAGGAAGAAAGACGGAAAACUAGAUUCAACAGUUAGUGAGAGUGGAGAGAAUUGGAGUGUGGGUCAGAGGCAGCUGGUUUGCCUUGGUCGUGUGCUACUCAAGAAAAGUAAAGUGUUGGUGCUUGAUGAAGCUACUGCAUCCGUUGAUACGGCUACUGAUACUCUAAUCCAAGAAACCCUCAGCCAACAUUUUUCCAACUGUACAGUCAUUACCAUUGCACAUCGGAUAACUUCCGUUAUUGAUAGUGACAUGGUUCUGCUACUCAACAAUGGGCUUAUCGAGGAAUAUGAUUCUCCAACAAGAUUGCUAGAAAACAAGUCAUCAUCUUUUUCUCAACUUGUAGCAGAGUACACAUUCAGGUCAAAUUCCAGUUAAGUGAUGAGCAAAUUUUGGCAUUAAUCAACUCUGGUAGGUUUGUUGACAAUGACAAAAAAUAAAGCCACUUAGAUCUUGUUUGAACUGUGCUAAACGAUAUUAGAGGGAUUUUAGGUGACCUAGUUAACGGUUGCUGUGCGUUUUGUUGGGCAUAUUGUACUAAUAAAUGGUGUACAGCUACUACGUCUAUAUAAAUCUAAAAGCUAAAGCGUUGUAUUUAUUAUUAAUAUUCUCCAGUUGAGCCA